AUGAUCUUUAAUUUCAUAUUACUCACCAUUUAUCCUACACUUAUUCAACCCUUGUUCAACAAAGUCGAACCGCUUCCGGAUGGUGAACUUCGGGAACACAUUGAAAAACUAGCUUCUCGUAUUAAUUUUCCUCUAAAGAAACUUUACAAAAUCGAUGGUAGCAAAAGGUCGGGACAUUCUAAUGCAUACUUUUAUGGAUUUUUCAAAAACAAGCGGAUUGUCUUAUAUGAUACAUUGAUUGAGCAAGCUGACACGGAAGAAAUAUUAGCCGUUGUUGUUGCAGAGCGCGUAUUAGACAUGGCAAAAAAGAACAAUUCCAGAAAAGAUAAAGGUGCCUCCGCAAACGGUAUAGACUUUAUCAUGACUUUGUGUGACGGAACAGGCGCAAACAGUGUUGUGUAA